GACAUGUGAACAAACGACGGAAAAGCAAUAACAGUAUAAUUAUCUUAAUUUUUAUGUAUAAAUAUUUUAUUAUUUUGCGGAAGUGCACAAAGGUGUUUAUCUAUUUUAUUUAUAAUCGUAUAUGUGUUUUUGUGUGCAUUUAUGCUUUAAGUUCAACGAAUAAAAUUUAAUAAAUUGCAAACGAAUUAAUGAAAAAAAAAAUUAAAUUUCUGCCAAAAGAAAAGAAGUGAAGUAGUGAAUUUAAAGUAAAAUUUUGUCUAAAGGCAAAUAAAAUUGAUUUUUCCCAUCAAGAUUUUUUCUUUUAUGAGUACCUACAACAACAUCAAAGUUAAGCAUACUAUAAGCUUUAGCUGAAGACAACAACAAACAACAGCAGCAACAACAAUAAAAGGAAUAACAAAAAAAUAAUAAUAAUACAAAAGAGAAGAUAUUAAAAAUAUGAAUUGAACAGAUUGAAAGAGAAAAAUCUUAAACAUGUCUGCUAUUCUUUUUAAUCCGGAACAGGAUUUGAACUCAACAUCCUCCACAAAUAAUGAAUCAAACACUUCCAUAGAAAACAACCUGUCGUCUACUUAUCACGAUAAUGAACCCCAACAGAAACAGAAGCUGGAUCGGCCCUGCUCGGCUAUUUAUGAAGAUAUUUUAGAUUCAAAAAUGAAUGGCCUACAAAUCCGUGCAGAUGUCGAUGAUGAAGUAGAUCCCACUCUGAAUGCAAGCAAUGGUCAGAACUAUUGUGAUGGCAGCGACAGUGGUGUGGAAAUUACAAACAAUGUUAAUGUCACAUUACAGCGGGCAUUAAGUAAUCAGAGUGGUGGUUAUGCCAGCAGUACACAAGGCUGUAUAGAUGACAACACCCAGGGUAUAAAUUUGUCGUGCAAUUCGAGCAUGAUUAGCUGCAGUUCGGAUGUGUACGAUUUGAAACAACCUCAUAGUUUGGCGGGUACCAAUAUAAAUGGUUGUCGUUCUUCAAACAAUUACGAAUGUUGCAGUGAGAAUGGUAGCGAAAGUAGCUCCAUAACUGGACACACUACCAUGGCAGUGCGUAGAGUUAAUAAUCACAAUAAUGUUAAGAAAAAAGUGGCCAUGUUUGAACCAUCAAUGCAUGAAAGUCUUAUCAUGAAGAGCAAGAGUUCGUCCAAGGAAGUAACAGUUGUUUCAACUCCAGCCCAACAACAGAACAGACCACGUUUAAGUGGUUUAAAAAGAGCUGUGUCUUUGCCCCGACCCACUCAGGGUACGGCUCAACAGGUACGAGAACGUUUAAGUGACAAAAUGUACAACAACUCAAAGACCAACAACAACAAUUGUUUGACUCCUUAUCGUAAUACCCAACCUCGUACUCCACAAACAAAACCCCAAAAACCAGAAACGUUACCCAGCCAAUUGAGUCGGACCACUUCGAUGAGCAUGCAGCGUCUCAUACAACGUACCCCCUCCAUGAGUAGGGCUCGUACACCAUCAACUCCAGAUGAUGGACGGUGGCCCGGAGUUACUAGCUCCAGAUCUACGGCGGCCAGAAGAGGAUUGUCCGUUACUCCGGAUUUGUCUUCUAUGAAAAUGCGUUCUAGCAUGAUGGCUAGCAUGGAAAUUAAGUCGUCUUCAUCCAGUCCUUAUGGCACUUUGCCUCGCAGGCGUAAACAAAAGUCUGUGGAAGAUCUUACAGGACGCAGUUCAAGAAGUAGUUCCAUUACCAGAGAGUCCCGAAUGACUUCAUCGGUAAUCAUGACUUCACGCAAAAGCUUGGCUACUUCCUAUGCCACUAGUUCCAACAGCACACCAACACAACAUAAAUCCAUCACCUCAUCUCUAAGCUUAGCCAAAACAUCAUCCCUUAGAAAACCCCAAACGCCUUCUUGCAAAACUAGAAUCUAUCAUGAAACGGCCUCCCAAACUGCAUUAACUAACACCGAUAUAGAAAAGGCAUUUGCUGGCGUGGUUCUUCCCGCCCGCUCUAUAGAAUCGGUGGAACAAAAGGAUCAAGAAACCCAUGCUGAGAUACGGGAUCAAGAAAUGGAACGCUUAAGAGAUGAAGUCAGACAUUUAGCCCAGCGCGAACAAGAUCUAGCAGCAAAACUUAAAAGAGAACGUGAAGAAAAAUUGGCCAUGCAAAGAGAAUUACAUUUGAAUACCGAAAAAGUGAUGGGCCUUUUAAACCUGGCACGCAUAGCCGGUAAUGGCAAGAUCUUGGAUGCUGGAACACCCACUUCCGAUGAGGGUGAAGCAAAUCAUGAUAGUCUUCUUAUGUUGGAAUCACAGAUACAAAUGUCCGGCCAUGAGCUAAUCGAAAGACAGCAGGAAGUUGGCCAACUGAGAAAAUUAUGUAGAUCUCUGCAGGCAGAAAUGGAAAGAUCUCUCAUGCAACAGGAAUGUCUGAUGCAGGAGAAGGCAGCCAUUGAACAGGAAUCGAGUGAGUUGCAAGAUUUCUUGCAACACGAAAAGGCUGCCAUGUGCGAUGCCCUCAAGGACCUCGAAACGGAUUAUCAACAAUGUCAACAACAAUUGAGCAGCAAAGAUGAAGAGGUGAAGGUGUUAAGAGAUGAAUGCAGACACUUGGUGCGGUUAAAUGAGCAGAGAAGACAAGAAAAUCGCAUGCUACAAACAAAAUACGCUGCCUUGGAAUCAAAAUCGAAGGAACUGAUCAUGCAACAAAAUGCCUCAGUUUCAGGGGCUACUGCCGCUUUGUCUGGAUUACAUGCACGUUUGGAUAACUUGGUGGAACAAUUAGUGUUCUCAUACAAUAUAUCCGAACAAGAUUUGGAGGAUAUUGGUUUUCAAAAUGAUACACAAACAAAUGUCAGUGCCAGUGGGGAAAAUUCUUUGGAUUGUGAAACGUCAUCCGUUAAAUUAACGCUCAAUGGUCAUGAAGUAACUCAAACGCAGCAGCAUCCACAAACUCUCAAUUUUGCACAGUCUCAAAAUCAUCAUCAUCAUCAUUCACAAUUCCAAUUGAAUUCGGCCAGUGAUGGUUCUUUGUCACCACAAAGAAAUCAAUCAUUUAUCGCGGCUGUUAUUAGUGCCAUACGAAAUGCCACAACACACUCGGGCAAACGAUUGCUAGUAAGACAUAAUAAGCGACACAGUGCUGGUGGAGGCACUGGUGCAGGACUCCACCAUCAUCAUCAUCAGCAGCAUCAGCAUAACCAGUUAAAUAUAAAUAGUCAUAAUAAUAAUCAACAAAAUAUGAAUGAAAACAAUGGAGAUGAUUCGGAUUCUACAGAAAUGUUGGACUCGGAAACAGAACCCUGUCUCAUGAUGGACAACGUUUUAGAGGAUGUGCCCAUGCCGGAUUCUCACUCCCAUAACAUGGUGUCUUCAUGUACGGGUAUGAUAUCACAAAUAGAAAUACCCUCGGAAAUUCUCAAUGUAACAACAGCCGAUGAAUCGUUGCAAAAUCUAUCGCAAGCUAUUGUCAAUCGACAGAAUAUGGAAUCACAAGUGAAUGCGUUAAAUGUGCACAAAAUGAAUUUCCAGUUAAAUGAGCAGCAGCCAAGUUGCACGGAAGAAAUGAGUUGCCAUGAUUCGGUGGCUGAAAUGCCCUCAUUAGUUGAGUAUUCGGUUACUCAAGCUGUCGUGGACCAAGUCAUUGAGGUCGACAGUUUAGUAACGAAGUUAUUGAAGGUUUUGCGUCUCAUACAACUGGACAAUGAUAAUUGCAUACAACAGUUAAUCAUGGAUAAAAAUAAAUUGCAACAAAACAAAGAAGACAUGUUGGAAAAAAUUAAAGACUUGCAAGAUGUUAAUGUCAAACUACAAGACGAACUAAUGGAUGCCACCCAAGAGUUAAUGUUGAAAAAUAAUGAUUUAUCAAAUACCAAAGCAGAAAUCCAACGUCAUCGUAAUGAAAUUGAUCGUUUAACCGAGGACAUCUGUAAUUUGAGCACAUUGUGCAGUAACUAUCGCAAACUAUCGCCCAGCACUGAAUUGCCACAAUUCCCCAUUUUGAAUUUAACAUUGCAAUCGGAAAUUGUUGAUAAUCAUGACGAAAUAGGUGGAAUUAUAAAUCUGCUCAAGAUGUGGCAAGCAGAUGGACAACUGAAGGACAAUAGAAUACAGCAGUGUAUGGCAAAUAUUUUAGAAUUAAAUUCAGCCCCGAAAAAUCACAACAAUGUUAUACAUCCUUUAAAUGAACGUUUACGCGUCUACGCCAAUCAAUUGGAAAACAUAUUAAGGGUAUUAGAUACCGCCAGUCCUCAAUUAAUUAGUGGAAAUCCUGCUUUACAGCAGCUACACAAGGAUUUGGAAAUCGUUAAGCUUAAUGCCAACUGGUCCCAACUUUUGGCCGAGACCGACGAGAGUCAUCAUAAUUGUAAUGAAGAUAUAAAUGCCAAUUAAAUUAAAAUUUUUAUGAAAAACCAA